UGUGGCGCUGCAGGAGGGAAGCUGGGGAGCUUCAGGCUGUUGAUGGGAAAUAGUGGGAGAUUUUUACAGCCAGCACUUUAAUAAACUUUCUCAGGCAUUCUCUUUAAAAAGAUGAAGAAUCAGGCACAGACAGAAUCUUCCAGUGAUGUAACUAUAUCCAGACGUGCAGAAUUACAGAAUUGCCACUGCACAGUAGGAGGCCAUUUAGCUCACCGUGUUUGUGCUGGUUCUCGAAAUUACAAAAAAGCAACAGGACGUGAAGCUCAGGAGAAAUGUAAAAUGGUGUCUGCCCUGAAAGCAGGAGAGGACAGGGCCAUAUUUCUGGGCCUGGGAAUGCUGGUCUGCUCGAUAGUGGUUGCAUUCCUUUUAGGAUCAAGUGUAGUCCAAUCCCGCAAAUACAGUGUUUGGACAGAAGAAUCAACAUGUACUGUCCUUGAAACCAGAAUUGCAAAUUGUAAGGAAUGCAUACACAACUGCAUAUCAAAAUGUUGGAAGCCAUCAGAGUAUCCUUGCGUGCAGAUAUAUGUCAAUCUAUCCUCAACAGGGUCAAGGGUUCUGCUACACCACACACAAGAAAGUGUACGUUUUAAUCCUGAGUGUUUCUGUGCUACAAAGUGUAGUAGGAAUCGUUCAGAAACUGAAAGGCUCAUAGCUUCUAUUACAGACAAUAGCACACAAUUCCAGCCUAUUUCUUUUCCUUGUUACUAUGACCCAGAAGGACGACAAACUAAUGUUCUCUUGACAAGGUUUGAUUUGUCUAAAGCUGUGUUACAUUCAUCUUUUUGGCCUUCUUGUAUAUUUCUUGGUGGAAUUGUAAUUAUUGCCAUGGUAAAACUGACACAGUAUCUGUCUCUGCUUAAUGAACAGUCACAGGUGAGAAAAAAAUGCUAAUUUUCUCCAAAGUUCCUUAAGAAUUUACAUGUCAAAAUGUUACCAGAAAAAGAAUUUAUUUUCUCUGUUACACAUUAUUAAAUACAUUUUACUAGAAUGUCUGUUGAUUAAAUAUGUAAAGUACACUUCAAGCAUUUCCAUAAUUAAAUAAUAAUUUAGAAAUGUAUUACUAAUUUGCACAGUGAUAACGGAAGUCACAGAUACUGAUUAGCAAAACAAGAGAUGUUAAUACGUGAAAAACAGUCACAUUCUUAGAAUGAACUAAAGUGAAAGCAGUGCCUGCAAACACUGAGUUAAAGCUAAUGCAUUAAACCUAAUAAUUAUCUGUCUGUUUACUCAGGAUUAUCAUGUGGUUCCUGAACUUUCACAGGGGAAUAGGGGAUUUUUUUAAAACUACAUAUUUUUAAAUAAUAUACCUGCCAUCCAUUUUGUUUCUAAGGCUGAAAUAUAAAGUAUAUUUUUAUUUGAAUAACUGAUUUUUAUUAAUCAGCUGAAGUAGGUAGAGAAAUCAGUGAGACUAUAGCAGGAAGUAGUGACAAGAUGCAGUCUUUUUACAGACGUUCAGGUGCAUUAUGUCAACCGAGUAUGAAUAGCAGGGUGUAAUUUCUUUUUAACGGAAACUUUAUAGUUUAUUUUAGAAAUUCUGCCUUUUUAAAAAGAAAGUUAAUGUGUUAAUUAGGCAAAUUGCUUUGUCCUGAAGGGUGUGCUAGGACUGAGUGCUGUAGCUGUUGCACUCAUCUAAGCAAGUGGACAAAUGCCAUCACAUUCACUGUAUGCCUUCCAAGCUAAUGGAGGACAUUUGGGGAGUCAUCGGCUAAGCCAUUCAACACCGAAUACCCAGCCACUGACUUUUUCUGUUGAGUAUCCCAGGAGGUGGUUAGGCUCACUACUGUUAGAUGGUCAUUACCUGUGUGAUGUGAAUGUUACUUGUCACUUGUCAGACAAAACCUGGAUAUUGUCAAGGUCUUGGCAAAUCCAGGCAUCAACUACUUCGUUAUCUGAGGAAUUGUUAUUGAAACUGAAAACUGUAAUUAUCAACAAAUAUAACCAAUUCUGACCUUACAUUGGAGGGAAGUAACAAUGUUGAGCUCCAGUGCUAUCCCGAGAAACUUCUGCACUGCUGUUCUGGAAUUUAGGUGAUUUUCCUCUAGCAGCCACAAUCAUGACCAAAAACAAUACAAAUAAUUACUGCUGCCAUAGAUUUAAGAUCAUCACAAGAAUGAAAAGAGAGGUUAAGAAAUCCUUUUUUUAAUGCAGUGGAUUGUAGAGAAAUGGAAUAUCCUCUCUGAAAUAGAGAUGGAAGCAAAAUUACAAACAAAAGAAUUUCCAUUUCUGUAAUGUUUUUCAUGAUCACAGAAUAUCAACAAUGCAUGACAGCCAAUGAAGAACUUUUUUUUCAAAAAUGAGAGAGAUGGAUAAAGAGGAUUUGAAGUGAACAGUCUGUGCAGACACCUGCACAGGCCUGAUGAGCUGCAAAAUUAUACAGGUCAGAAGCAGACCAAUUCAUUGUGUAUCCUGGUAAAGAUUUUCCUGUAAACAUUUGGCUCAAAUAUUCUUUGUUACUGUAAACUUCUGGAAUAAUGAGAUGAUAACAAUAUGGCAACAAAGUAUUUAGGAAUUAGUAAAUGACAGCACCAAUAAGGUAUCACCUUAGCACUUGAGAUUUAAGGAUUGAGAAUUAAACUGAAAGUACUAAGAAAGAGGUUGUAUUAGAAUGAAUUUCAAAUCCAAAGCAGAAGAAGAAAUAAAAGGAGAAUAAUUGGAUUAAACAUGAGGGGAAACUGAAAGGAAAAGUAAUAAGACCUGUUUUCAAAUUUAAAAAUCUGCAGUAACAAUCUUAUUAAAGGAAUGAGACUCCAUCCUUAUAAUUUUCCCUUUCUGGACCAAAAAGGUUAAUUAGCAGCCAUUAAUUAUUGUCAUAAGGUAAAAGAUUACUGUACCCUAUUUUUAUAAAU